GUCGUAACGCCUCAGGGAAAGGGAAGCGGUUGGGCCCGCGAAUCGCUGCUUCUGGCUUUUUAUUUUUCUGGUGACAGGAUUUGGUCACUGGUUCUUCAUCUUUUGUCUGUUGCACGCAUCCAGCCCUCCCCAUUUGCUUUCCCACUCCUUGGAACCAGCCCUCUGGGCUUUCACGCCAGUUCUCUGACCCCGCCGUGAGCCCCUCCUGGUCCCAGGGCGGGCCUGGCACGGAGGCGGUAACUAUGGAGAAUAUGGCGGAGGAGGAGCUGCUACCCCAGGAGAAGGAGGAGGUGGAGGUGGCCCAGGUCCAGGUCCCGACCCCAGCUCCGGACUCGGCUCGGGUCCCAGCUCCGGCCCCGGAUUCGGCCCCGGCCCCGGACUCGGCUCCGACUCCGGCCUCGGCUCCAGCCCCAGCCCCUGCCCUGGCCCAGGCUCCGGCCCUGUCCCCGUCCCUAGCCUCUGCCCCUGACGAGGCUGAAAGCAAGAGACACAUCUCAAUUCAAAGGCAGCUUGCUGAUCUAGAGAAGUUAGCUUUCGUAACUGAAGGGGAUUUUGACUCUGCCAGUUCGUUGAACUCAGAUAAUCUUGAUGCAGGAAACAAACAAUCUUGUCCGUUGUGCCCUAAGGAAAAAUUCAGAGCUUGUAAUAGCCAUAAGCUUCGUCGUCACCUUCAAAAUUUACACUGGAAAGUCUCAGUUGAAUUUGAAGGAUACAGGAUGUGCAUCUGUCACUUACCUUGUCGACCAGUGAAACCAAACAUUAUUGGAGAACAGAUAUCCAGUAAAAUGGGCGCCCAUUAUCAUUGUAUCAUUUGUUCAGCAACAAUCACCAGAAGGACCGAUAUGCUGGGACAUGUUAGGCGACAUGUGAAUAAAGGAGAGACGAAAUCCAGGUAUAUUGCUGCUUCUGCUGCUAAACCACCUAAUGAAAUUCUGAAAGAGGCAGACACAGAUGUACAAGUUUGUCCUAACUAUUCUAUACCUCAAAAAACUGAUUCCUAUUUUAAUCCCAAAAUGAAACUAAAUCGGCAGCUAAUAUUUUGUACAUUGGCUGCUUUGGCCAAGGAACGAAAACCUUUGGAAUGUCUAGAUGCCUUUGGAGCCACUGGGAUAAUGGGAUUACAAUGGGCAAAACAUCUUGGAAAUGCAGUUAAGGUUACAAUUAAUGACUUGAAUGAGAACUCUGUGACACUGAUUCAGGAAAAUUGUCAUUUAAACAAGUUGAAAGUGGUGGUAGACAGUAAGGAAAAGGAGGAGAGUGAUGAUAUUCUUGAAGAAGGAGAAGAAAAGCUUGGUAACAUUAAGGUGACCAAAAUGGAUGCCAAUGUACUGAUGCAUUUGAGAUCCUUUGAUUUCAUACAUCUAGACCCUUUUGGAACAUCAGUGAACUAUCUAGAUUCUGCAUUCAGAAAUAUAAGAAACCUUGGCAUAGUGUCUGUGACUUCUACAGAUAUCAGUUCUUUGUAUGCCAAGGCACAACAUGUUGCCCGGCGUCACUAUGGGUGUACUAUUGUCCGAACUGAAUAUUACAAGGAGCUAGCAGCCAGAAUUGUCGUGGCUGCCGUGGCAAGAGCUGCAGCCCGAUGUAACAAAGGCAUUGAAGUACUGUUUGCAGUGGCUUUGGAACAUUUUGUGUUGGUUGUUGUGAGAGUUUUGAGGGGGCCUACUUCUGCCGAUGAAACAGCCAAGAAGAUUCAGUACCUGAUCCAUUGUCAGUGGUGUGAAGAGAGAAUUUUUCAGAAGGAUGGUAAUAUGGUAGAAGAAAACCCAUAUAGACAGCUGCCCUGUAACUGUCACGGAAGCAUGCCUGGAAAGACAGCAAUAGAACUUGGACCUCUAUGGUCAAGUUCCCUUUUCAAUACUGGAUUCCUCAAAAGAAUGCUAUCUGAAUCUCUUCACCAUGGUUUAGAUGACAUUCAGACCCUAAUAAAGACAUUAAUCUUUGAAUCAGAAUGUACUCCUCAAAGUCAGUUUUCAGUUCAAACACCUUCAAAUCUCAAGCAAGAAGAAUGUGGUGUGUUUAUUAAAACUACAGAGGAUACCACAACAGAUAAUUACAUUGCACAAGGAAAAAGAAAAGGUAAUGAAACAAUCACAACUUUAGCCAAAAGGCAAAAGACUGAUGUCAGUGCUGAACAUCCUCCCUUUUAUUACAACAUCCACAGACACAGCAUUAAAGGAAUGAAUAUGCCAAAGUUGAAAAAGUUUUUGUGCUAUCUUUCUCAAGCAGGCUUUCGAGUAAGCCGAACUCAUUUUGACCCAAUGGGUGUUCGUACAGAUGCACCUCUGAUGCAGUUUAAAUCGAUCCUUUUAAAGUACAGCACCCCUACGUACACGGGAGGACAGUCAGAGGGCCACGUGCAGCCAGCAUCCGAGGACACAGUGGCUGACAGGGUGGAAAUGUCAGCGAAUGACAAAGCAGAAGCAAGCAGUUGCAGAAGAUGGUAAAUGUAGAGAAGAGUUACUCCAGAUGUCUGUCUAGAUGGCCUGAAAGUUCUCUAUACCAACUGUAGUUUUUUCUAUUCUUUUAAUUCAGUGGUGUAAAAAUAAACAACAGUGCUGUUUUCAUUCAGAAAAUUAGCAGUUUCUAACUUAGCUAGUUUGGGAGCUAUGCUUUCCAGGUUUUUCUUACUGCAAAGAAAACGAGAUUUUAUUGAAAA